UGAAUUCGAUUAAACCUGUUGCGACUAAACUAUAUGCAUUUCUUGUGAAUGUACAUAUAACAAAGUUGUGUUAAUGUGGUGACAGAUACGUCAGAUCACGUCGGAUUAAAUUAUUUUCAUUAAAUAUCCAGUUUUUAAAAAGUGCAUUGUCACUAAGAUGGAGAGGAAUCUAGAAAAAACAUUAGAUGAUAUAAAUAGUACAGAAGGUAUUAUUGGUUGCAUCUUGGCUGAUCAUGCAGGAUUAUGCUUAGGAGCUAAGGGAAAUGCAUCCACUGAUAGUGCAGGCAUAAUUGCAGCUAUCGCAGAUCAAGUUGCAAAAUUAGAACCUAAAUCACCAGCUCCAAUUAUAUCUCUUCAAAAUGAGAGCAGGAAAUGCCUUAUCCAACGUCAAGGUCCAGUAGUAGGUGCUAUUUACAAGGAUGUUUCUAUAUAAAACAGUUUCUGUUGCUCAAAUUAAUAAUAUUGAUUAUAUUUAAAUUAAAUUCAAUUAAGUUUCUGUUAUUUUGUUAAUUAUAUAUAUAUAUAUAAA